AUGUGGGCGAUAUCCAAGCUGAAGAGUGAGGUCUCCUGGACCAAGCCCAAGGUCUCAGACUUUAGGGACUUGCUAGGAGUAUCUGUUCAUUCGAUCCUUGUGACAGAUCAUGGGGUACUGCUAGAAGAAGACCAGAAGACUGAAGAAGCAGAGAAAAAAUACAAACAAUGUCUUGAGAUCAAUUCAACACAUAAGGCAGCCAGAGAUGCUCUUAGUGCUCUUGAUAGGAAACUUGGACGAGUACCAGAAACUGAAGAAGUUCAGACUGUUCUUCGUGAUCUUGUAGACAUGGAAAACGAAUUCAAGAGGAAACGAAAUGACUCUGAAAGUAGCACCAAAAGCUCUCGACCAAGAUCGCUAUCACCUUUGUCCAAGAAAAUGGCCCAGCAAGAGGGUCAGUGGCAGCCUCCCCCAAACAUUAACACAACUUCAUCAUAUCUGAGUAAUACAUCUGUAUCCAGUAUAGGAGUUGGUGUACCUGGUCAAGAUUAUACCUAUUCUGUGGCUAAUUGGCAGUCAUCAACAGUGGCACCAAAUGUUGGUAUGGUGGGAAGUGUACCAGCAUGUUAUGUUCCUCCACCCACAGCUUACCAGCAUUUCCCUGUGCAAGGUAGUUCAGGUGUUCCAUGUUCAAAUCGCGAAGAUGAGGAAUAUAAGGCUCGUGUAGAAAAGUUCCUGAAGGAUAUUGAGGGAUCCAGGCCUAUUGAAAAGAAGGAGCGAAGUAAAAAGAGAUAUAGAAAAGAAAGUGAAUCCAGAAGCCGGCAGAAGCACAGUAGAGAAGCACGCAAGAAGAAGAAGAGCAAUAAAUCCAACAGUAGCUACAGUGGAAGCAGUAGUAGCAGCAGAAGCAGGAGUAGUAGCAGCACUACCAGUAGUAGUGACACAAGUAGCAGCCAUAGCUACAGCAGUCACAGUAGCAAGAGUAACAGCAAAAGUAAAAGCAGCAGCAAGAAACAUAAGCAUAAAAAGAGUCAGAAGAAGAAGAAGGAAAAAAAGUCAAGCAAAGUGGAAAAGCCAUCAAAAAGGGAACAUAAAAAAUCAGAGAGCUCAAGUGUGAAAACGUCAGAUGUUUCAAAAGUGGAAGAAGAGGCAAUUCCUGGACUGGACAGUUUGGAAGAGAAGCUGUCUGCUUACUUUAAAAAAGUAGAGGCCAGUCAAAGGGAAGAUUCUUCAAAAGACUCUGAAAUUCAGAAUGAAAAUGAAAUGAAGAAUUACAAACAAGGUAUCUGCAUGUCUUUAAAACCACAUCAGAUUUCUGUGUCAACAUCCUCAUUCAAGAAGGUGCAUCCAGCUUUUAGAGAAAGUGAUGAGGAUCUUGAUGAAAAUGCUUCUCAUGUCAUUGACAUGGCAAGAAAAUGUGGUAAGUUUGAAAAGCUGCAGCUUUCCUUGAAAACUUCAAAGUCUAAUUUAGAAAUGAGUGAAAUAAUGCCUGCUGAUAGUAAGGAAAGAUCAAGGUCUCCAAAGGGAAGAACAUCUUACUCCAAGGCAAGAUCACACAAGUCUUUUUCAAGGUCAAGAAGUAGAUCACAGUCGAGUACAAGGAGCAGCAAGAAAUCACCCGACAGGCGCAGCAGAGGAAGGACUCGUACAAAAUCCAAAUCACCACCUUACCAUUAUGAACAUGUUGACUGCCAUAGAAAAUACAAAGUGAAGUCCACAAGGGAAAAUCAGUCACUAGAUCGAGGGAAAUUUAAUAACCAGAAUUCUUCUGGUUUUGGCCAUUUAAUGCCCCAUGACUUUGAAAAAAAGAUAGAGGCAGCUAAAUCUAGGUUAGGUGCUGAAAUUGAUUAUGAAGUAGUUGAAAAUACAUUUAAUAAAUCCAGACCCAGAAGGUGGAAUACUAACUCUUCAGGUUCACCACCAUAUUCAAAGUUCUCACGUACCAAGACCCCAAAUAGAUGGGAUUCAUCUCACUCGAGGACAUCCGGUAAAUGGGAUAAUGCUAGACCGAAAACUCCAAGUAGAUGGGAUUCUUCAAGGCCAAAGACCCCAAGCAGAUGGGAUUCCUCAAGGCCAAAGACCCCAAGUAGAUGGGAUUCCUCAAGGCCAAAGACCCCAAGCAGAUGGGACUCUUCAAGACCAAAGACCCCAAGCAGAUGGGAUUCCUCAAGGCCAAAGACCCCAAGCAAAUGGGACUCUUCAAGGCCAAAAACCCCAAACAAAUGGGACUCUUCAAGGCCAAAGACCCCAAGUAGGUGGGGUUCUUCAAGGCCAAAGACCCCAAGUAGGUGGGAAUCUCAGAAGACAAGAUGGUAUUCAUCUUGGUCAAGGUCACCAAGUAGGCAGGAGGCUGUCUCUCCAGAUAGAUGGGAAUCUUCAUUGCCUUCUAAAUCUAACAAAAGUCCCAGUUCGGUGCAAAGAUCUCCAGAGAGAAAAAACGAGAGCAAAAGUCCAGAUAGGUCUGCAAGGUUUGGCAAAUGGGAUGAGGAGAAUGGAAGAACUGAUGAUCCUAAAAUUGGGAACACACUUAAGGAGAUGGAAAGUUUUGUAGAAACAGCUAAGCAGAAAAAGUUAGAAGCUAUGAAAGAAAGAAAUAAAGAAUUUCUCAAACCAUCUGUUGACUAGGAUUUUGUAAGCACAGGGAAUAACUGAAUAAGAAUUUCAGUUGUAUUUUAGUCAUUUGUGACAGUGUUAUCAAUAAGGAUUUCAAAUAUAUUCUGAUAACUUGAUUAAUUAUUGAUAUGUUGAAUAUUUCCUUGAAAACAGGUUGUCAAAUAAAUGUGUACAUUAUUA